CUGUGUCCAUGUCUCAUGAGAUCAUUUCCGAAGCUGGUGCUUGCCUCACUGGGGACAGCCCCAGUUACAGCCCCAGUUCCGGGGAAAUCUGAGGGUCCCCACCACCGCCGCGGACACAAAGCUGGUUCAUGGGAUGCAGCGACUACAGGCAUGAGUAGCCUGGCAGCCUGGGGCUCAGCUGUCGCAAGAAGUCCGGGUCUCACAGCACCAACGCCUCAACAGUUCCAUCAAGGGGACUCCUCCAGAGGCCGGGUCUAGCAGACCAGGGCAUCCCCUGCUGAGAGGAACUCUUCCGGGCCAUGCAGGCAGCAGCCUGGACUCCCCAGCCAGUGUCACCACCCUUGUCACUGGAGAAGGGCAGGCCAGCUAGGAGCCCCACUCCACCCUCCUCCCCAUCCCCAACCCUCCUCUGCCCUCCACACAUCUUACAUCCCCGGCACUCAGUCUGCGAGGUAUGCUGCCUGAGUGUGUUCUCUCCCUCCCCAGACUGUACCUCCUCAAGGAGAAUGUGGCCUCAAGGGGCCGCCUUUGUGGCCCUGCCCCUCCUGGGGCCCACCCUGGUCUGGCUGCUCACCCAUCAUUGGAUGUCUGGUUGGUGUGACAGCCUGAGAAAGCUGCCCUGGUGCCCAUCCCACAGAGUCUUGUUGCUGGUGUGGACAGCCAUCUACUCUAUCACGGGAUAUGCCUCCUACCUGGUGUGGAAGGACCUGGGAGGGGGCUUUGGGCGGCCCCUGGCCCUGCCCCUCGGCCUCUAUGCUGUACAGCUCGCCAUCAGCUGGACUGUCCUGAUUCUCUUGUUCACAGCCCACACCCCCGGUCUGGCCCUGCUGCACCUGAUGCUGCUCUUCGGGCUGGUGGUGAGCACGGCGCUGAUCUGGCACCCCAUCAACAAGCUGGCUGCCCUGCUCCUGCUGCCCUACCUGGCCUGGCUCACCGUGGUUUCUUCCAUCACCUACCGCCUGUGGAGGGACAGCCUUUGUCCAGAGCACCAGCCCCAGCCCACGUGGGAGAAGAGUGACUGAGGCAGGGGGCAGGGGAGAGGAGGGAGGGCCAGGG